CCAAGACCGGCCCACUUCAAGAGAAGUCCUGAUCCAAGGUUCACUCUCACAUCAGCUGCUGGCGGCUCAGUUUGUCAAUUGCAGGACAUGAGGGUGUGAUACUGGAGUACAGGCGGACGGUCGUUUUCCAUAAAACCUUAAAAGUUCCCUCUUGUGGCCUUGGAGGACAUAGCAAAACUGUGAUUUGAGCAUCAAGGUGGAAUUGUUUCUUGCAAAUGAGCCAGCAACACUUUAAGGAUAUAUUACUACUAUGUUAAGUCUUCUUGAGAUUGAUUUUAUCUGCAUUUGUGAAAUAUGGCAACAAACGGGACUACACGUUUAAUAGAAGUCCUUGAGAAAAUUUGACUUAUUUAAGGACAGAAAAAAACUUCAAAAAAAUGGAAGGUUCAUAUGCUUCCAGUGCUGCUGUUGCUCCAACACAGCCUCUGAUGACCACCACUCCAGGCUACCUGCUCAGAAUGUUCUGGGAAUAUCAGAGCAAUGCAGUCAUCAUGGCCCAUUACAACUUCACCGGGAAGCUGAAAGAGAACAAGUACCGGGACGGACUGAAGCCAGAGGCCAUUACGUUUCUCAUCAUUUGUCUUCUCAUUGUGGUGGAAAAUGCCAUAGUUCUGGUGGCAAUUUGGAAAAACAAAAAAUUCCACCUGCCCAUGUACUACUUGCUGGGCAACUUGACUCUUUCAGACUUGUUAGCAGGCUUCACCUACAUGGUAAACAUAGUGACUUCGGGGGCAAACACUCUCAAAAUGACUCCAGUACUGUGGUUUCUCAGGGAAGGUGGUGUGUUUAUCACACUUUCUGCAUCCAUCAUCAGCCUUCUCGCCAUAGCCAUCGAGCGCCAUGUCACGAUGGUGCGAAUGAAGCCGUACCAAGGGGCCAAGCGUGGGCGAAUGUUUGGUUUGAUCGGCGCAAGUUGGCUUCUGUCGAUUCUCCUGGGCGUGCUCCCCAUAAUGGGUUGGAACUGCAUGGGAAACCUGGAGAAGUGUUCUACUGUCCUGCCUCUUUACGCCAAGAGCUUCAUCCUCUUCUGCAUUACUGUGUUCACCCUGGUCCUUCUGGCCAUCGUGGUGCUCUACGUACGUAUCUUCCACAUAGUGAAGUCCAAUACGCAACGGUUAGGCUGUGGUCCGCAACGCAAAGGUCUGGCGAGGAAGUCCCAGAAGUAUCUGGCUCUGCUGAAGACGGUCACCAUAGUUUUAGGAGUCUUUAUUGCUUGCUGGCUGCCUCUCUUUGUGCUGCUUCUUCUUGACUUCUGCUGUCCAGCUCAAAGCUGUGAGGUGCUGUUCAAGGCGGAUUACUUCCUGGGCAUCGCCAUGGUCAAUUCUCUUCUAAACCCCAUCAUUUAUACCCUAACUAGUAAAGACAUGAGGAGAGCCAUACUGAGACUGGUCUGCAGCUAUUGUCUGCUGACAUCAGAUGGGCAGGUGAGGACGUUUGGAAUGCCUUUCCUGGACUGUAGCACAAGUAAGAUCGAGGUGCCCUCAAACAGGCUGGAGGGCUUGGAGACAACUGUCUCCUCUGGGAAAUUUUCACCAUCCACUAUUAAAGCAAUCUACCCAAAGAUGAUCAAGAGUUGAACAAGAUAAUAUUAUAAUCAAGGUUCAACUUCUUCUGAAUUAGUUUGUCCUCUGAAUAUUUAUUAAACGCAAAGGGGACAUGUUUGUUGGGCUUAAAAGUUAAAAUAGAAGAAAUUCUUCAAGCCACAGAGAUUGAAACAAAAGCUCAGAGCUGAUUACAAUUCUGUAUUUUUCGACUUCAGAGUAGAAGACUUGGUUUACUGAACUUGCAGUAAAGCAACCAUGAGCCAGAUGAUGUGGCAGAUCAAACAAGUGGGAUUUUUCUUACUGUGAUACAAAUGUCAAAGUUUAAAAUGGACUGUCUAAAGGUCAGACUAGCAAGGGCUACAUUCUCUUUUCAAAAAUAGCAUUAAAUAAACUUCAAUCAAAGAAGUGAUUGUUCCAAUGGUUGUUCAGACAUGUUUUAAAAAUGCUUUAAAAAGGAUUCUUAUGAUGUUUGCUGUUAUACGAGACUGAUGUACACAUCCAGAAAUAAGCAGAGUAAUAAUCACCACCACAUACCGUCCGAAACAUACAACUUAAAGAGACUUUGUGGUGAAAAGACGCACUGAAAAUUUUGGGGUGAUGCUUCUAAACAUGUCUGGACGUUUUAAGACUUCAUUUUAAGAUUCACCCAAAUAAAAACUACAAGGGAAGUAACUGUAUGUUUAUAAAACAUGCUCAAGUUUUAAGCUCCCAAACUGAAAAUGUUAAUUCAAAUGGUAUAAUAAAAUACUUGUCUUUAUUUACCUACAGUAAAGAGUUUCAACUGACAUUGUGGCACAAGCUAUAUAAAUAUUGUAUAUUUUAUAUAUAUUGUAAAAAAGUUUUGUAUGUGAAUGUAUGAAAUUACUUACUAUGUUUGUUGCAGUUUGCAGUGGAAAAAGUCUACAAGCAGUAUUUAUUUCUGUUAAAACUGUUUGUACUGAAACUAAAUGCAUUAUUAUUUGUUUAGAUGCAUUUUGUUUGUCCUAAAUUAUAAGCCUUAAAAGCUUUUAAAUGUGCAUUAAUUAAACAGGUGUUUCUUGAAUGUUUUGCCU